UUCUCUCUCUCUCGCGCGUUCUUCUCUCCGAUGAGUCCAGUGGUUGACUUGCUGAAGCAGAGCGUCCUCUGCAUUAUGGAAGAUGAUAUGUUAGAAAUGCUUCUUUAGUAUCUACUUAUUGGUAUAUUGCUGUCCUUUAAGUCUUGCCCUUGUUAUUAGUUAAGUAGUUAACAGUAGCUACUUUGGAGCAUGGGGACUUGCUGAACCAUGCACGUGGGCAACUCUGAACGUUUUGAAACCAUGCCGUGCUGUCUGUACCUGGCUUAUGUGGACUGAACUGAAGCCGUACUCGCCAAUGACUGCGCACAUGGCAGACGCUGCCCGGAUUGACUUGAUUGCAAGGAUACUUAACCUCGAAAGGUGUGGAACUGAAUCAAGGAUGUGGCUGGAGUGGAGACAUCACCUUUAAAGGUGUGAAGCCGCCCCAAUGAGUUGAUGGCAUGGAGACACCAUCUGCCAAGGUGUGGAACUGAAUCAAGGAUGUGGCUGGAGUGGAGACAUCACCUUUAAAGGUGUGGAACUGAACCAAUGCUGUGAAAGGUAGGCUGCCUUUGCGUAAACAUCCAUGCCGUCUCAGAACUGGACAUGUCGACUGGGGUGUUCCUCGUCUGAUGCCCCCUGCUGAUUUUCGGCCCCAACUUACCCUUCAGGUGCACAAUCACCCGAUCACAUUUUAGAGGAGCCUUUCCUAUCUAUUGCCUUGAGUUUUGUUCAGUGGUGAUAUUUAGUUCUGAACUUUAAGUGGUGUUUAUGGACUGUCACUUUGAGUGGCAUAUUUUAAAAAUGUGUAAAAUGUUAUACUGUGACACUUCACCUAUUUAAGAUGUAAAGAAGUAUAACUGUGUUCACACCCCAGUACUCUAUUCCACAUUUUGUUACAGCUUGAAUUAAAUUGAGGUUGUAUACCAGCCUACACACAGUACCCCGUGUCAGUUGAAUAAUUCAUAUAUUACAUGUGAGCUCAAAUCAAAUGUAUUUGUUACAUACACAUGGUUAGCAGAUGUUAAUGCGAGUGUAGCGAAAUGCUUGUGCUUCUAGUUCCGACAAUGCCGUAAUAACCAAGUAAUCUAGCUAACAAUUCCAAAACUACCUUGGACACAAGUGUAAGGGGAUAAAGAAUAUGUAAAUACAGAUAUAUGAAUGAGUGGUACAGAGCGGCAUAGGCAAGAUACAGUAGAUGGUAUCGAGUACAGUAUAUACAUGCCCUACAUUGUUCAUAGCAUAUGUAAACAUAUUAGGUAGCAUUGUUUAAAGUGGCUGGAGCUAAGUCAGUGUGUUGGCAGCAGCCACUCAAUGUUAGUGGUGGCUGUUUAACAGUCUGAUGGCCUUGAGAUUGAAAAACAGCUUCUGUCUCUCGGUCCCAGCUUUGAUGCACCUUUACUGACCUCGCCUUCUGGAUGAUAUAGGGGGGUGAACAGGCAGUGGCUCGGGUGGUUGCUGUCCUUGAUCUUUGUGGCCUUCCUGUAACAUUGGGUGGUGUAGGUGUCCUGGAGGGCAGGUAGUUUGCCCCCGGUGAUGCGUUGUGCAGACCUCACUACCCUCUGGAGAGCCUUGCGUUUGUGGGCGGAGCAGUUGCCGUACCAGGCGGUGAUACAGCCCGCCAGGAUGCUCUCAAUUGUUCGUCUGUAGAAGUUUGAGUGCUUUUGGUGACAAGCUGGAUUUCUUCAGCCUGCUGCGCCUUCUUCACGAUGCUGUCGGUGGCCCAAUUCAGUUUGUGUACGCCGAGGAACUUAACUUACUACCCUUUCCACUACUGUUCCAUCAACGUGGAUAGGGGGGUGUUCACUCUGUUUCCUGAAGUCCACAAUCAUCUUAGUUUUGACAUUUGAGUGUGAGGCUAUUUUCCUGACACCACAGUCCGAGGGCCCUCGCCUCCUCCCUGUAGGCAGUCUCGUCGUUGGUAAUCAAGCCUACCACUGUUGUCAUCCGCAAACUUGAUUGAGUUGGAGGCGUGCAUGGCCAUGCAGUCAUGGGUGAACAGGGAGUACAGGAGAGGGCUCAGAACGCACCCUUGUGGGGCCCAGUGUUGAAGAUCAGCGGGUGGAGAUGUUGCCUACCCUCACCACCUAGGGGCAGCCCGUCAGGAAGUCCAGUACUAUGGUGUUAAAUGCCGAGCUGAAGUCGAUGAACAGCAUUCUCACAUAGGUAUUCCUCUUGUCCAGAUGGGUUAGGGCAGUGGGGUUGAGAUUGCAUCGUCUGUGGACCUAUUUGGGCGGUAAGCAAAUUGGAGUGGGUCUAGGGUGGGGGUGAUAUGGUCCUGGACUAGUCUCUCAAAGCACUUCAUGAUGAUGGAAGUGAGUGCUACGGGGCGGUAGUCGUUUAGCUCAGUUACCUCAGCUUUCUUGGGAACAGGAACAAUGGUGGCCCUCAUGAAGCAUGUGGGAACUUGCGAGGGUUAACACGUCUAAAUGUUUUCCUCACGUCGGCUGCAAUGAAGGAGAGUCCGCAUGUUUUGGUUGCAGGCCGUGUCAGUGGCACUGUAUUGUCCUCGACGCGGGCAAAGAAGUGAUUUUAUUUAAUGUUUUUGCACGACUACCUCAUCUCUAACCCCACUCACUUUUCUGUAGGUAAGGUCUCUGUCAAGUUCAAACAGACAUGGAGGCUAAGGCCACCUGUUGGUGGCUGGGUUAAGACAGCUGUUACAUAUCCUUUUAAGGAUAGUUAAUUUAGCUUUGGAUGGUGACUCAAACCCGUUCCAUACAAAGGUACUGGUGUCCUAACACAGUUGCUGCUGCAGGAGGGAACCACUUGGAUUUCAGAAGCAAAUUUUGAUUUAACGAAUGUGAUAGAACAGACUGGAUCUGCGUUCUCGUCAAACCUGUUGGCUACGAGCUUGAAAUAUACUUACUCGUGUCACUAAUUUACUUGUCUGUUGGUCAAUGAAGAGUGGAUGGGGACUUAGUCCCUGGAAAGUUAGCAUGUAAAGUUAAAAUUUCUAUGUCAGGCCAGCUGCGGCACUUGGGAGGAGCAAGGAAUAAGGUCGAGUCAACAUCAAUUGAGACGGAAUCUUGGAGGGGGGCCAGAGGCCCACAAGGGACUUGAAUCACAUUUUAUUUGUCAAAUGCAGAGUGUUGCUAUUACCAUGAAAUGUUUGCAUACAAGCCCUUAACCAGCAAUGCAGGUAAUAUGUAGGGGUGAGGUGAUAAUGCAUAAAUAAACAGGGCAGAGAAGUAGCGUUAAAGGGAUCGACGCAAAUUGUCCAGGCAGCUUUUUUAAAAACCUUUUAACUAGGCAAGUCAAUGACGGCCUAGGAACAGUGGGUUAACUGCCUGUUCAGGGGCAGAACGACAAAUUUGUACCUUGUCAGCUCGGGGAUUUGAACUUGCAACCUUUCGGUUACUAGUCCAACUCUAACCACUAGGCUAACCACUGUUGAGCAUUCUUGAGGGAUGAAUUCGUUAGACCCUCGACUUGGUGUGCUGGUGCAGUAGCAGAACAGUAUGAAUAGUGUGGCUGGAGUGCCUAUUUUUAGGGCCUUCCUCUGACACGUCUCCUAUAGAGGUCCGAUUUGCCAAAUGGAGGCAGAGGGAGGGCUUUACGCAUCUGACCCCCCCCAUUGCACGUGUGACAUACUGUUCGCAAUUGGGUGCCUGCUUUAAGGCCCCCGAGUUCCCCUUCUGGGUGACUAUUUUGUGUACUUAUGGCCUUAUACAUCUCGUUGAGUGUGGUCUUAGUGCCUCCAUCAGUUUGUGGUAUGUAGGCAGGUACAAAGAAUAUUGAUAACCCUUGGUAGGUAGUGUGGUGUCAAUGGAUUAGCCUGAAAAGUGAUAAAUAGAUACAAACAGUAAUAUUUAAAUGCAUAUGUAAAACCAAUAUUUAUAGACGCACUUCACAUGUACAGUGCCUUCAGAAUGUAUUCAAACACAUUGGCAUUCCACAUUUGGUUGUUAUAGCCUGAAGUCAAAAUGGAUUACAUAGCUCUCACAUUUCAUUUUCAAUGUAUAAAAUGUUUUCACUGUCAUUACAGGGUAUGUAUUGUGCACACAAAGUGAAAACAUGUAGAUUGUUGUACAUUUAAAUACAGAAAUAUGAUUUACAUAAGCACUUACACCCCAGGUUAAUACUUUGUAGAAGCACAUUUGGCAGCGAGUAAGCCUGUCCAGGUCAAUCGGGUUCUUGGUCACCUUCCUGACCAAGGCCCUUCUCACCUGGUGGCCAGCUCUAGGAAGAGUCUUGGUGGUUCCAAACUUGUGUUCUUGGUGACCUUCAAUGCUGCAGAAUUAUUUUGGUACCCUUCCCCCAGAUCUGUGCCUCAACACAAUCUUGUCUCGGAGUUCUAAACGGGGUUCACGUUGUCAUUUAUGGAGUAAUGUGUGUAGUUUGCUGAGGGAAAAAAAUAUAUUUAAUCAUUUUUUUUUAAUAAGGCUGUAACGUAACAAAACGUGGAAAAAGUCAAAGGGUCUGAAUUACUUUCCAUAGACACUAUUACAUCCCUUCUGUUAAAUCUAUGUUCUGCCAGUGUCUAAAUUGAGUUAAUUCUAAGGUUAGACUCAAUAUUGAUGUCAGACUGCUGAAGAAAACAAGGACGGCCAAGGACAGUGUCGCCGUUGUUAUCGCGUGAGAUUAGGAGGUCUGAGAAGAAAUUGUUAGCCGAAAUACUGCUGAGAUAUGUAUCCAACGACGAGGAUUAGAAGUAUGAUGUCUGUUUAAUACGUCGUUGGUGUAUUGUGUCUUCAGGGUCACUGACUGUCGGGCAAGACUAUUAUGGGUUUAUGGUAUCUAAUCACAGGUUCUGUGCACUUUGGAUGAUUUGUAUGUAUAGUCUAUAAAAUCCCAAGGGAGCUAGGCACGGAAGAAUGAAACGACGAACAGAUGAGGAAGAGUAUAUAUGCCAGCUUUACCUCUGGAUGGAGAAUAUUAUUACGAUCCUUGCAGCAGUGUCGUUUUGGUUGGUCUCCCUGUGCACAGUUGUUUGUAAUUAAAGUCGAAGAAACGGUUCGCAUUAUCUUUUGCAUCCAGCAGUUCUCCCCAUUGGCCAGUUUUAAAUUUCGGAACAAUAUCAGGUGGUGAGGAUUCUGUGACACCCAACAGAUUCCCUGCUAUCGGCAAAAUGAUUAUCUUCAGGACUAGAAAAGUUCGUCGUGUCAUCGUUCUACUCUGCAUCACUACUAUCGUUGUGUUUUAUACCGGACAGCUGUCCUCCAAUUCGCUCGUGGACUUUGUUAAAAAUGCCCUUCGGCCUCUGGACAGGAUCCUAUCUCCAAAAUAUUGCGCCUGUGUCAAAUGUAUGAAACAGCCAGACGAUGACCUCUGGUUUCAGAAGCGCUUCAACACAUCGUUUCAACCCUUUCUGACCAGAAAGUACAAGACACUCUCCAACGAUACAAGAAUGUGGUGGCAGAAAUUGCAGAAAGACCGUAACAUAGCCAACUUUAACGAGGUGGUGGAGAAGUUGUUCCAGGUCAUCCCUGGUGCUGACCUUUACAUGGACGCGGGCCCUGAGCGCUGUAGGACCUGUGCUGUGGUGGGGAACUCUGGGAACCUCAAGGGCUCCCACUACGGAGCCCUCAUCGACUCCAGUGAUGUCAUCAUAAGAAUGAACAAGGCUCGUACCUCUGGCUAUGAGCGGGAUGUUGGCAGCCGCACCACACAUCACAUCAUAUACCCAGAGAGUGCCAUAGAUCUGGACAACACCACUCGUCUCUUGUUUUUCCCUUUCAAGACUCUGGACCUUCAGUGGCUACCCGGUGCCAUUACCACUGGGUCUCACAUCACCUUCUCAUAUUUACGUCUUAGACCGAAGAUAAAGGCCAACAAAGAUUUGGUAUUGGUUCUGAAUCCUGUGUUCAUGAAAUAUGUUCAUGAAGUCUGGCUUGACUAUUACGGCAAAUACCCCUCCACCGGAUUCAUGGCUUUGAUAUUAGCCCUGCACAUUUGUGACGAGGUGAAUGUGUAUGGAUUUGGGAAAGACAGAAAUGGGAACUGGCACCACUACUGGGAAACACUAACCAAUAAAAAGCUCAAGACUGGACCACACCCUGGAGACUAUGAGUACAAUGUCACUAGAAAGCUCUCGGAAAUACACAAACUUGAGAUAUAUAAGGGAUGGUGAUAAUCAUUAAUCCAGAUCAUUAACGGGAUUUGCUUCAGUAGUCCCAUUUUUUUAUUGAACAAUUUAUUUCUGACUGUUUAGUCUGUCGAGGACUACAUUACAUCUUAGAACACCAUUCAAACUUUAAAAAAAAAGUUAGGUUUGGAUAAACUUGCUUUUGAUAACAUUUAUACUUUUUAAACUUUUUGACCUUCUAAAAAAAACAAAUCUACUUUUAAAAACAAAUCUACUAUUCAAAUUUCCAAAGCUACCAUUGUUAAAAACUCCCAUGACUUCUAACAUUCUAAUCACAAUAAUGUAACACAAAUCAGCUAAGAUGAGAGCUUUACCAACAAGUAAGAUAAAAACUUCUCUGCUUCUCUGCUAUUAAAAUCUGGAAUCAGAUUUGAAAUAUCUUCCACCAAUCAUACUUUACAGCUCUUUUAAGCCCGGGUUCAGAUACAACAGCCAACAUAAGGAAAGACGAGAAGAGCCGAAACUAGCCCGUUGUAGAAUUUUGUGUUGUGGGUACAAAAUGGUUUUGUUACAGACUAAUGCUAUGUAAAUGCUUGAGUUGAAUACUACUAGUCACUGGUCAUUUUCCACACCCGUCCAGUAACCUCUUUACGUACCACACAGAAGAGUGAUUUAUUAAUUGCUCAUUAUCUUUUGGGCACUAAAGCCUAGCCAUGUGGAAACAUAGAUCCCAAGUCUCCUCUAUUUUAGACAUACAGUGCAUUCAGAAAUGAUUCAGACCCCUUGACUUUUUCCACAUUUUGUUAUGUUACAGUCGUAUUCUAAAAUGGAUUCAAUAGUUUCCCCCCCUCACCGAUCUACACACAAUACCCCAUAAUGACAAAGCAAAAAAAGGUUUUUAGAAAUUAAAAAACUGAAAUAGCACAUGUACAGAAGUAUUCAGACCCUUUACACGGUACUUUGUUGAAGCACCUUUGACGGUGAUUACAGCUUUGCGUCUUCUUGUGUAUGACUCUACAGCUUGGCACACCUGUAUUUGGGGAAUUUCUCCCAUUCUUCUCUGCAUAUCCUCUCAAGCUCUGCCAGGUUGGAUGGGGAGCAUUGCUGCACAGCUAUUUUCAGGUCUCUCCAGAGAUGUUAGAUCGGCUUCAAGUCCGGGCUCUGGCUGGACCACUCAAGGACAUUCAGAGACUCCUGCGUUGUCUUGGCUGUGUGCUUAGGGUUGUUGUCCUGUUGGAAGGUGAACCUUCACCCCAGUCUGAGGAGCAGGUUAUCAUCAAGGAUCUCUCUGUACUUUGCUCUGUUCAUCUUUCUCUCAAUCCUAACUCGUCUCCAAGUCCCUGCCGAGGAAAAACAUCCCUACAUCUUGAUGCUACCACCACCAUGCUUCACUGUCGGGAUGGUUCCAAGUUUCCUCCAGACGUGAUGCUUGGCAUUCAGGCUAAAGAGUUCAAUCUUGGUCUCAUCAGACCAGAGAAUCUUGUUUCUCAUGGUCUGAGAGUCUUUUAGGUGCCUUUUGGCAAACUCCAAGUGGGCUGUCUUGUGCCUUUUACUGAGGAGUGGCUUCCAUCUGGCCUCUCUACCAUAAAAGCCUGAUUGGUGGAGUGCUGCAGAGAUGGUUGUCCUUCUAGAAGGUUCUCCCAUCUCCACAGAGGAACUCAGAGUGACCAUCGGGUUCUUGGUCACCUCCCUGACCAAGGCCAAUCUCCCCCGAUUUCUCGGUUUGGCUGGGCGGCCAGCUCUAGGAAGAGUCUUGGUGGCUCCAAACUUCUUCCAUGUAAGAAUGAUGGAGGCCACUGUGUUCUUGGGGACCUUCAAUGAUGCAGACAUGUUUUGUACCCUUCCCCAGAUCUGUCUCUGAGCUCUACGGACAAUUCCAUUUUUGUUUUGACAUGCACUGUCAAGUGUGGGACCUUAUAUAGACAGGUUUGUGCCUUUCCAAAUCAUGUCCAACCAAUUGAAUUUGCCACAGGUGGACUCCAAUCAAGUUGUAGAAACAUCUCAAGGAUGAUCAAUGGAAAUGCACCGGAGCUCAAUUUCAAGUCUCAUAGCAAACGGUCUGAACACUUAUGUAAAUAAGGUAGUUCUGUUUUCAAUUUGCCAACAUGUCUAAAAACCUGUUUUCACCUUGUCAUUAUGGGGUAUUGAGUGUAGAUUGAUUAGGGAAGAAAUGAGGUUUGAAUACUUUCAGAAUGCACUGUAUAGUCUGUGAGAAUUGGUUAGAACCUGUUCUCAUUUGUAUUAUUUUUCAAAGGAAAUGGAGACAAUUAUCCCUCAUCUCUUUUGUAAGGUUGCCUCCCCCUUGGAGGGGUAAGCAGCUCUUUGUGUAGAUGCAGUAUAUAAAAAGACUGUGUGAUUGUAAAAUCUUUGAGACCCUCUCCGGUAUGUCCUGAGAGUUCCUUUCCGGUAAAUACUGAGAGUUCCUUUCUGGUAUAUCCUGAGAAUUCCUUUCUGGUAUAUCCUGAGAAUUCCUUUCUGGUAUAUACUGAGAGUUCCGUUCUGGUAUAUCCUGAGAAUUCCUUUCUGGUAUAUCCUGAGAAUUCCUUUCUGGUAUAUCCUGAGAAUUCCUUUCUGGUAUAUCCUGAGAAUUCCUUUCUGGUAUAUCCUGAGAAUUCCUUUCUGGUAUAUCCUGAGAGUUCCUUUCUGGUAUGUCCUGAGAGUUCCGUUCUGGUAUAUCCUGAGAAUUCCUUUCUGGUAUAUCCUGAGAAUUCCUUUCUGGUAUAUACUGAGAGUUCCGUUCUGGUAUAUCCUGAGAAUUCCUUUCUGGUAUAUCCUGAGAAUUCCUUUCUGGUAUAUCCUGAGAAUUCCUUUCUGGUAUAUCCUGAGAAUAAUUUUCUGGUAUAUCCUGAGAAUUCCUUUCUGGUAUAUCCUUAGAAUUCCUUUCUGGUAUAUCCUGAGAAUUCCUUUCUGGUAUAUCCUGAGAGUUCCUUUCUGGUAUAUUAUGGUGGAAAUUACAAGAUUAUGUUAUAAUAGUUUUAUUGCAUCAAAUACUGUAGUUGUUUUAUGCAACAGAAUAAGGGGUUGUUAGAACUCUCAUCUGUGUGUGUUCUACUGAGGAUGGGCCUCUGGGAGAUAACACUGACAGGAGAUUUACAAUGUCUUUUGGGUGAUAAAACCUGAAGAGACCUCAUUCCAGAGCACGAGUUAAUGUUUCUGUUCUAUAUGGUACCAGGGAGAGAUGACCCCAGAGCCAGACCCUGAUCUCUACUCAAAGAUAACGUUUUUUUUACAGCAGAUACUGUCUGCUGUGAAUUAUAAGUAUCUUCUAUACAUCUGUUGUUUGUCGGGUAGGUUGAAAGGGGUGUAUUUUAGCUAUAAAAUACCUUUGUACUUUUGUCUCUGGGCUCUCAACGAAUCAUCUGAGGGUGAAUCGUCAACCAGCCAUCGUUAUCGUAGCCACUAAAUCAAUUAACUUUAUAUGUGUGCGUUGUAUUGACCUGCUCCCUUAGUAUUAAGUGAAUAAAUAUUUAGUGUAAGUAUAACUCUGACUUGUGUGAUAAGUUUGUCUCUCCUCAUUUGAUAGUAAAGAAAUUAACCACCACAAUAUCAUGCGAAUUCCUUUACGGUAUGUCCUGAGAGUUCCUUUAUGGUAUAUCCUGAGAGUUCCUUUCCGGUAUGUCCUGAGAGUUCCUUUAUGGUAUAUCCUGAGAGUUCCUUUCCGGUAUGUCCUGUGAGUUCCUGUCCGGUAUGUCCUGUGAGUUCCUGUCCGGUAUGUCCUGAGAGUUCCUGUCCGGUAUGUCCUGAGAGUUCCUGUCCGGUAUGUCCUGAGAGUUCCUUUCCGGUAUGUCCUGAGAGUUCCUUUCCGGUAUGCCCUGAGAGUUCCUUAACGGUAUGUCCUGAGAGUUCCUUUCCGGUAUGCCCUGAGAGUUCCUUUCCGGUAUGCCCUGAGAGUUCCUUUCCGGUAUGCCCUGAGAGUUCCUUUACGGUAUGUCCUGAGAGUUCCUUUACGGUAUGUCCUGAAAGUUCCUUUACGGUAUGUCCUGAGAGUUCCUUUACGGUAUGUCCUGAGAGUUCCUUUACGGUAUGUCCUGAGAGUUCCUUUACGGUAUGUCCUGAGAGUUCCUUUACGGUAUGUCCUGAGAGUUCCUUUACGGUAUGUCCUGAGAGUUCCUUUACGGUAUGUCCUGAGAGUUCCUUUACGGUAUGUCCUGAGAGUUCCUUUACGGUAUGUCCUGAGAGUUCCUUUACGGUAUGUCCUGAAAGUUCCUUUACGGUAUGUCCUGAGAGUUCCUUUACGGUAUGUCCUGAGAGUUCCUUUACAGUAUGUCCUGAGAGUUCCUUUACAGUAUGUCCUGAAAGUUACUCUCCGGGUUCAUCCUGAGAGAGUGAUAUUCCUUGCAAUUGCUCAAAUAAACGUAUUAUUUCUUAUAAAUGAGUUCUGCCUGAUUCCUCAAACAAGUUUUCCUCAACAGUGUUGUAGAACAGCUGACUAAAGACAGGGCAUACAGUUAAGUGAAGGAAACUUUGAAACAAAGUUUAGCAAGCAAGUGUCAUAAAAUACAUGCACCAAAACAGGGCACACCAUGUGACUUGUCAGAUAAAUAUCAGCAAGCUAGGAUAACUAAAUGCAACAAAAAUGGCUAGCUAUGUAUCUGUUUGGCUAGCUAGCGGCUUGGCUUAAGACAGAACGUCAGCGCACAGUUCUCUGAUUGAAUAAACGGACCCAUCUCAUCGCAAGCAUUUGGCUAAGAUGUGACAUACUGAAUCUUGGAAACUCCAGCAGAUGACAUGAGACGUUCUAGAACUAGACCGUUCAGAUCAAGCAUACUUUGUUCAAAAACAUAAAACCGUAUUGUCUCGGCUGUUGUAUCUGAACCAGGCUUUAGAGACCCCCCCCAAUAAAACUAUAGAAAUGCAAGGGAGGCUUUAUUUUUUUGCUUUUUGCAGAAAUGUUUGUCGAUCUAUAUGGAUUUAUGAUCUCUGUGGUAACUUGUAUCUGUACAGCAUGAACGCUCUCUCCUAAAUGACUCGUUGCAAAGGGGUUUUAUUGCCUAUUUACAUUUGUUUCAUUCUCCAGACAAGCCAUUAGAUACUGUGACACCCUGUGUCGAUGGGGCCUGGGUGAUCAGGUUACUGUAAACUUAGUAUUGUUUGAUUGGUCAAUGGAGGUUGGUUUUGGUUUGAAAAUGUUACACCUUCAGAUGUUAUAGAUGGAAUGAAGGUCUGUUUUUCUCUCUCUUAUCUUGUAUGACAUUUUCUUAUUUCCUAGGCAUCUGACCUAGUAUCUCUUUGCUCAAGGUUUGUCUUGUAAGUUAACCUUGAGAUCUAUCCCCUCAAUUUAUGUUUUAUUAAUGUCAGUAUUGCCUUGUAACUUAAGCUUUAUACCUUGUGAAUCCAUUAAUUUUUACAAAGUUAUUAAAUAACACUUGCUUUGAAA